AUGGAACAGGACGAUGAGAUAAAGUCGGGAUGUUUAUUGUUUCCGUUUGCCGGAGGAAAUAUGUUUAGUAAAUUUCCUAAAAAGAAAAACUGGCAACAAAAAUACUGCGUCUUGUUAAAUGCAAGUAAACAAGGUAUAGAACGGUUGGAAAUUUAUGACAACAAAGAUGACGUGACAACAGGUGCUAUUCCGAAAAUAAUAACCUUAGAAAACUGCAUCAAAAUAACACAUUCUAGUCCAAACACUAUAACUAUUUUGACUAAGUCUCUCACUCAACAAAUAUGUGCUCAGUCAGAAGCAGAAACAUUAGAAUGGGUAACGGCACUUCAAUCCGUUGCUUUUAGAGGAGUUUCAUCUAGUCCUAUCAGUUGUGAUGAAGAUAAUGACCUCUACUGUUCAUCAGGGGAAGGUGUGUUUUCUGUUAAAAUGUGUCCUUCAGAAGCUUCAACGAGAUGUAGCUUUGAGUCUAUUAGGUACCUGCUUCUUCUUACAGCAACUGCUAUAGAAUUGAGAGAUGUAAAUGACAAUAAGUUAUAUGCUACUUGGCCAUAUAGAUAUAUAAGACGUUAUGGAUAUAGACAGGGUAAGUUUACAUUUGAAGCUGGUAGAAAAUGUGAUACUGGUGAAGGAAUUUUCCAUUUAGAGCAUCCAAAUCAGUCAGAAAUAUUCAAAUGUUUAUCUUUAAAAAUGAAAACUAUGAAACAAAUGAUAGGAAACGAUAACUUGCACAGUCCAGAACAUUCAGAGUUUAAUAUUCAACCAAGUCUUAACCUAUUUCCGGGUUCUAGAAGUCCAUUGGUGGCUGCUCGGCCAGAUGAUUUAAAUUUAAGUUCUCUUUCAUUCAAAACUCCAUCAAUAUCAAGUCAACAAACUAUUAGUACUGAUAGAGAUCAAGCUCCCCUCUUAAUGCCAAAACCAGCACUAAAACCAAAACCACAAAAACCACCAAGAAAAAUAGUAAAUAUACCAAAAAUAAGAGAUACUACAAGUUCUACCGAUGAAAGCGUAGACUUUGGUAGAUAUAAAAAACUUGAUAAUUAUGAACCAAUUGAACAAAUUAAGAAAGAGAGUCCUCCAUUAGUGCCAUAUGAUAAAGUGGAAGUGCGAAGUGAAGCUUGGAAAACAUUAGGUAUAGAUGAUCCAGAUCACACGGAAUUUACUCCUAAUUUAGGAGAUAGUCCUAAUUGUUUGAAAUUAAUAUCAAGAUCUCAGGAUAAUUUGAAUACCUCAGGACCAGAGACAUCAAGAAUUAUUUUAUUGCCCAGUCCUGUCAUUGAUCCUGAGGAUGAAAAUUAUGAUAGAUUACAAUAUUUUGGAUCAACAAGCAAAUUAAAUAAAUCCUCAAGAUACAAGAAAAUUGAAGCAAGGCCUACAACAUUGGCUCUUAAUGAUUCCAAGAGCAAAGACACUUGGAAUGAUUAUGAUGAAGUGGAAAAUGUUAUGCAGACUGCAAGGAUGGCAGAUGAUUCUCAUUUGGGCUAUGGCAUGAUUAGAAAACCAAACACUCCUGGUCCCCAAGUACCCACUGCAGCACAGGCUCAAAUACUUCAAAACCAAAUAGGUUUGGAAGAUAUUACACAUAGUAAUUGUAAUGGUACUGAUUAUGCUAUUGUCAGCCGUCCUAAAAGAGUUUAA